CACCAAACGUAUUAGUCUUUUAUGUCAUCAUUACUUCUGAAGGUCCGCUAGUGAUUGACAAUGAAUCGGUUGUGGAUGAGAGGUACCUUGAGUGGAUUAUCUCAGGCAAAUUUGAUCUUGAGACCCCAUCCUUCGUUGGUCUCAUUUUGCGUGCCUCUUAGGCACCAAAGAAACCGUUCCAAUCAUGGUAAACAUGGCGAUAGUCACAGAGCCAAGACCUUGGAUGAAUUUGCCAGCUCGGUCUUUAAAGGGCAUCAAAACAAGACCGCGCAAGACAGUUCACCCAAGAACAUUAAUCAGCUCUUCAAACCUUUGAUUGUGAAAGCCAAUCCCGAUGACAUGAACUUGGGGGAACAAAUCGCAGGGAAACUCGACAAAUCUACUCUUUUGCGUGCAUUAAAUAAGUUUUUAGCCAAUGAAGAGAUAAAAAAAUUGAGCAAGGAACAUGGCUUGGAUGAGUACUUGUAUCAUCAAGCCUACGUAAGCUUCCGCAAGUUUUGUCUGGAUGUCCAGUAUCUGCCCACGGAUCUCUAUAUCCUCUUUUGUGAUGUGCUUCAAGGGGCCAAGUCCAUCGAUGAUGUCUUCCCAUUUUUCCUCCAACACGCUCGAAAAGUGUUUCCUCACUUGGAAUGUUUGGAUGACCUGAAAGUCAUCAGUGAUCUCACGAAUCCUCCUAAUUGGUAUCCAGAGGCUCGUCAGAUCAAUCGGAAGAUCAUAUUUCAUGCCGGACCUACCAAUUCGGGCAAGACGUACCACGCCUUGGAGCGCUUUAUGAGUGCCAAAAGUGGAGUUUAUUGCGGUCCCUUGAAACUUUUGGCCGUGGAGGUGUUUAACAAAUGUAAAACAAGAGAUGUGCCUUGUGAUUUAAUCACGGGUGAAGAGAGGAAAUAUGCUUGCGAGGAUCAGGAGCCGGCCAAUCACGUCUCCUGCACUGUGGAGAUGAGUAAUUUAACGAACCCCUUUGAGGUGGCUGUGAUUGACGAAAUUCAAAUGAUCAAGGAUUAUCAACGAGGUUGGGCGUGGACCAGAGCGUUGUUAGGGAUCCCCGCUGAAGAGGUUCACGUUUGUGGGGAGGCCUCAGCCAUCGAUUUAGUCAAAGAAUUGUGCAUUUCCACCGGCGAGGAGGUCGAGGUGCGAACCAACAAAAGGUUGACGGAACUCAAGAUAAUGGACAAGGCUGUACAAAAAUUCGAGAACGUCGAACCCGGUGAUUGUAUUGUGUGCUUCAGCAAGAACGACAUUUAUACAGUUUCCAGGGCUCUUGAACGAAUGGGAGUGGAGUGUGCCGUUAUUUAUGGCAGUCUCCCGCCUGGAACGAAACUGGCCAUGUCUGAAAAAUUCAAUGAUCCCAAUGAUCCUUGCAAAGUGCUCGUGGCCACUGACGCUAUUGGCAUGGGCUUGAACUUGAAUAUUCGCCGGAUCGUGUUCUACUCGACGAGUAAAAUUUGCCUGCUCGAGAACGGCGAGAAAGAGGUCGGAUUGAUCUCCGUGUCUCAAGCACUACAAAUUGCAGGGCGUGCCGGACGAUACAACACUCAAUGGGAAACCGGUUACGUUACCACAUUCAAUCAAGACGAGAUCAAUAUUAUGAAGGAUCUGUUGAAACAAACUCCCCCUGACAUCCUUCAAGCUGGUCUUCAUCCAUCCUUUGACCAGAUCGAGAUGUACGCCUAUCAUCUUCCUCACGCUGGUCUGGCUAACCUCGUGGACAUCUUCAUCUCUCUCUCCACGCUCGACGAUUCCAGCUACUUUCUCUGCCAUACGGAUGACUUCAAGUUUUUGGCCAACAUGAUUGAACACAUUAAGUUACCACUUAAAGCCAAGUACACCUUCUGUUGCGCCCCAAUCAAUCGGAAGAGUCCCUUUGUCUGCACGAUGUUUCUCAAGUUUGCCCGCCAAUUCAGUCGAGGCGAGCUCAUCACGUUCGAUUGGCUCUGUCAUCAAAUUGGGUGGCCCUUUUCACCUCCAAACACCAUUCUCGAUCUGGUUCAAAUGGAGGCAGUGCACGACGUGAUGGACUCAUAUCUUUGGCUCUCGUACCGAUUUCCAGACAUGUUUCCUGACGUGAUGUUGAUCUCAGAUGUGCGAGAGGAAUUGGACAUCGUCAUUGCCGAGGGUGUCACCAAUAUUGUUCAGCUCCUCCGCAAUUCUGAAUCGGGCGUUAGUUCGAGUGCGGCCAAGGUCGAUGAAGACGCCUUUGAUGCCCGCAAUCGACAAAACCGCCAGGAUAAAGCCUGGCGUCACACUCAAUUACCCAAGAUCAGCAAUGAUUCGGUCUCGUCUCAAUCGCUGACACGACCCACCAAAAAGACAUUUUCGGCUUUGGUGAGCGAUGAAGAUUUGGACGAGAUCCAAUUGAAACCGAGCGCGAAACUCUCCGAGCUCUUACAAGAACGAGGGCUUCUAACAAAAGAGAUCUUCUCCAGUCUGAGACGAGAAUGGCUGGACAAGCUAAAACAGGAGCAGAAUCUAGACAAUCCAGACAGUCCGAGUAAAAAUAAACCAAAGUAGUAUUCUUGAUAAAUAA